AUGGAGGAUACGCCGCUCUUAAGAGUGGAUUGUCUCGUGACCGGCUUUCUAAACUCACUACCAUUUUUCCUCUCUCGGCAUGAAGAACUCCUCCAUCUAUCAACCCCUAUCAAUGAUUGCAGGGAUCUUCGACUCCAGGAUUUCUCCUUGAGAUUCGGUCUAAGGUUUCUCUGCUUCAACCAGACAGUCCGUGUCAUCCUGGCCGCUCGACAUGCAGCAUACCAUUUUGAGAACUGGAUCGAACGAAAGCAGGGCGCAAACAUUGUUCAAUUUGCAAUCCAUUCAUUUGGAGUCGGUGCCAAUCUCUCAGAGGUGGGAGAAAUGGUCCGUAACGGGCAAAAACUCACCGAGAUUGAGCAUCAAUGCCAGAAUAUCUACAUACAAUUUUGGAUCGCCCAGGACUGGGAUCGGUUCCAAGCUACUCCUACUUCGGACCUCCUCCGGAUUUCCAAUGACUUCCUGAAGCUAGGGCUGGUCAAAAAUAUUCUUCGCAUACUGCCGCAACGAUUCCCAGUGACUUCUCACUUUGACUACCACGGUACGAUCGCCUUUACUAAGCAAUGCUAG